AUGGCUGUAAAAGGUAAAAAACUGAAAGAAGUGGUGAAAGAUGAGAGAUUUCAAGCAAUUGUAUUGACUGAUUCGUUUCAAACGAGAUUUAUGCCACUUACAUCUGUAAAGCCUAGAUGUCUUUUACCGUUAGUGAACGUUCCUUUGAUAGAAUAUACUCUUGAAUUUUUGGCAAGAGCACAAGUUAAUGAAGUCUAUGUGUUCUGCUCUUCUCAUGCUGACCAAAUUCAGCAAUAUAUAGAGCGUUCCAAAUGGGUGUCAAAAAAUUCGCCAUUUACAAUCAAGACUAUUAUGUCACUCGAGUCCAGAUCGGUGGGCGAUGCUAUGAGGGAUCUUGAUAACCGUGGGUUAAUAAGUGGGGAUUUUUUGUUAGUUUCAGGAGAUGUGGUUACCAAUAUUGAUUUUGAAAAGGCAAUGAAUUUCCAUAAACAAAAGAGACUGAUUGACAAAGAUCAUAUAGCUACUAUGGUUCUCACUCCUGGUAGUCCAUUUCACAGGACGAGAUCCCCUGUAGAUCCCUCUGUUUUUAUGAUCAAUAAGGAGACUGACAGAUGCAUAUAUUAUCAAGAUAUACCCCCCGUUGAUGGAAAGAAAACCAGUAUAGAUAUUGAUCCAGAGCUCUUGGAGGACAUUGAAGACGAUUUGGUUAUUAGAAAUGAUUUAAUUGAUUGUCAGAUUGAUAUAUGCUCGCCUCAUGUGCCUCAGAUAUUUCAAGAGAACUUUGAUUAUCAAUCUUUGAGAAGUGACUUUUUAAAGGGAGUUUUGACUUCAGAUUUAUUAAAAAAGUCGAUAUACGCCUAUAUAACCGACGGUUCCUGCUACUCAGCGAGGGUUGAAAGUUGGGCCACAUACGAUGCUAUAAGUCAAGAUAUCUUAGGCAGGUGGUGUUAUCCAAUAGUGCCCGAUUCAAAUUUGUUAGAGUUUAACACUUAUACUUACGAGUUUAAUCACAUAUACAAGGAAGAAAAAGUGGUAUUGGCACAGUCCUGCAAAAUCGGAAGUUGUACAUCGAUUGGAUCACAUACCAGUGUCGGCGAUGGAACGUUGAUAAACAAGUCAGUUAUCGGGAGAAAUUGCAAAAUCGGUAAGAAUGUGAGAAUUAAUAAUUCAUACAUUUGGGAUAAUGUUACGAUAGAUGAUGAUUGUGAAAUAUCGUAUACAAUUGUUGCUGAACAUUGUUUUAUUGGCACGAACGCUAUCUUAAGUUCCGGCUGUGUCAUUGGUCAUAAUGUAAAAAUUGGAGACGAUGAAGUUCUUCCUAAUAAUACUAGAUUAAUAGAAGUUCCAUACAAGAAGCAUGGAUUUAAUACUCUUGAUUCAUUUAGUGACGAAGAAGCUUCUACAAAGAUUGGUACCUCAGGCGAAGAGGAUGAUGAUAUUAGGGGUUUGAGUCGUGGUAUAAAAGGGUUUGUCUAUAACUCCGACAAUGAGAAUGAGAAUGAUUCAGAUUCAGAAGUUGUGUCUUCUGGGCUAUAUUCUGGAAUUAUAUACAACCAAAGAGCAUUGAAUACGUCAGAUGCUUCUAUAUCAUCUAUCUCUACCAGCAGAAAGAAGCAUCGUCGUCAAUCAAGGAACAGACGCUUGUCAACCACUUCUAUGAUGUCAGACUAUGAAGCUGGAGUUUUCUCAGAAGAGGAAGAAGAUUUCGAGAAGGAGGCAAUUGCUACUAUUCAGAGAUCCUUAGAGAAUAACCAUGAUCUUGACACAGCGUUGCUUGAAUUGAACACUUUAAGGAUGUCGAUGAAUGUCACCUAUCAUGAGGUUAGAGUUGCAACGACUCGUGCUUUGUUUUCUAAAGUCGUAGACUUUAUAACAACUGGAACGCUACAACCAAAGGAGGCAGCUGAGAAAAUUUUUAGGAGUUGGGGAUUACUUUAUAAAAGACAAGUCUUUAAUGCGGAGGAACAAGUUGAUUUAUGUCAGGAACUCCAGAGCCAGACUUCUAAAUUAGAUAAAUCCUACAAUCAAGUAUUAUUAUUCAUUGCCAUAAGAAUACUAUACGAGCAGGAUAUUUUGGAAGAAGAAAACAUAUACGCUUGGUGGGACUCAGUGGCUUCUACGGCCAAUGAUGAUUUAAUCCAAGUGAGAAAAUUAUCGGGUCAAUUUAUAGAAUGGUUGAGAGAUGCUGAAGAAGAAAGUGAGGAAGAGAGCGAUUGA